AUGUUGGGCUGGUGCCAAGCGAUAGCUCGUAACCCUCACAGACUUCCAAACAGCACAAGAACGCCCGAGGUCUCAGGUGAUGCUUCACAUAACUCUACUUUGAAUGACAAAUCCCCAGGGCGUUCCACAAGUAGAUCAAGUAACAUUUCAAAGGCAAGCAGUCCUACAACAGGAACAGCUCCGAGGAGUCAGUCACGGUUGUCUGUCUGCCCUUCCACUCAGGACAUUUGUAGAUCUACUACAUUGCAUGAUUUGCCAGAAGAUGAGCUUGAACAUACAACCCCUGUUAUGGUGCUGACCCCUUCUAGUAGGGAGUCUGGUAAGAAACAAGUAAAACGAAGGUUUAGGCGGAAAAAAGAGACUGGAGACAAUGAUGAGCAUACAGAAAAGCAAGGAAAGGGGAAGGACUGUAAAUUACAUCCUGAGGCUGCGAGACUGAACUGGAUUCCAUCCGAUUCAUCAUCGUCUUCAGAUGAGAGUCAGUGGGCUCAGGUUAGGAGGAGAGCAAGAGAAAAGAUCAAAAUGCCCAGGAGAGGGAGAAGGAAUAGAUCAUGCAGUACCCAGGAUGGGUCCUCAAACAAUAACACUGUUGAAUUUGUCACCCUGGGGACAAUGGGGAAAAAGAAGCAAGAGGUAUCUGAUCCUGAGAAUCCUGCUUUAAAUCACCGCAGAAGAAGGGUUCCGAGGUUUAAGGAAUCUCAGUCUUCAGCAUCAUCUCAGGAAGCAAGGAUUUCCUCAAGGAAAUGCGGAAAAAGCAAAGGGAAAAGCUACUACAGAGAUCGGCAGUGUGCAUCUUACCUUAGACACAGUAAAGAUGUGAAGGACUGCUUUGCAGAGGGAGGCUCUGGCAGCGACGCUCUGGCAGCCCCAGAGAACGGGGCACCUGCUGGAGCAGGGCCCCGUGUGGCUGAUGCUGUUCACAAGUCUCCAGCGUUAUGUGAUGACUGGUCUGAUGAUUUAGAAGUGUGCAGGAUCUGUCACUGUGAGGGAGAUGAUGAAAGUCCCCUCAUCACGCCGUGUCGCUGCACAGGGACCCUGCGCUUUGUUCAUCAGGCCUGCCUGCACCAGUGGAUUAAGAGCUCAGACACCCGCUGCUGUGAACUCUGCAAGUACGACUUUAUAAUGGAGACCAAGCUCAAACCUCUUCGGAAGUGGGAGAAACUACAGAUGACAACAAGUGAGAGGAGGAAAAUAGUCUGUUCAGUUACAUUCCACGUAAUUGCUAUUACCUGCGUUGUUUGGUCAUUGUAUGUUUUAAUUGACAGAACAGCCGAGGAAAUUAAACAAGGCAAUGACAAUGGUGUCCUUGAAUGGCCAUUUUGGACAAAACUCGUUGUGGUGGCCAUUGGAUUCACAGGGGGCCUCGUCUUCAUGUACGUACAGUGUAAGGUUUAUGUGCAACUGUGGCGCAGGUUGAAAGCCUACAAUAGAGUGAUCUUUGUUCAGAACUGCCCAGACACUGCCAAAAAACUGGAGGAGAAAAACUCUUUGGGCACUCAGAACUCUGAUAUCAAGGAUGCGGUGGUCGUGCCAGUAGCACAGACAGGUACAAACUCUCAGCUGGCAGCUGAAGAAAUGACAUCUGAGGUCAUGCCAGUUUGACAGCGACAGCAUUGUUUCUUUC